AUGGCGCUGGCAAACAAAAAGAACUACUCGCUCUACCAGAUUGAUGCUGGGUCAUCGUUCCGAUCACUGGCGCUCCACAGCCUCGGUAGAGUCGGCAAGAGCACCGUGGCUUUGAGAUAUGCUGAAAAUAAGCUUCAACGGGAUGAGCUUGACGCGCUCUUCUGGGUAUACACCGAGAAGCUUGUCUCGAUCAGGCAGAGCUUUACAGACGUUGCUCUGCGUCUGAAGCUACCGGAUGCGCGGCCAGGAGACCAGGACGAGAAUUGUGCUGUCGUUUUGAAUUGGCUUCAACACACGCAAUGCCGCUGGCUGAUCGUAUACGACAAUGCCGAAGACCCAGAUUUGAUCCGCCACUAUUGGCCUCUUGCCAACCGUUGUCAAGCUCUCAUCACCCGCAAUCCUGCAUUCUCGUUUGAAUUAGCGGACGGCGGUAUGGAUAUCACCAACUGGGACAAUGACACUGGGCUGAGAUUUCUUCUCUACCUCCUUUCAACGGACAUCAGCACAGACCUUGAAGAGGACGAGGUCACCUCGGCACACCAGCUGUCUGAGGUGCUGCGUGGCCAUGCUUUAGCCAUCUCCACCACGGCUGGAUUGAUGCACAGACGGGCGUUGUCCAUUACCGAAUUCAUGAAAUUCUACAACCAGCAUCGGAGUGAGGUCCUUGGAAUUUCUGGAAACCGGUCCAUUAACGCUCUCUGGGAGAUUUCUUUCAAGUCUCUCGAUCCUCAGACUCAUGCUAUCCUGGGGGUCAUGUCAUUCAUCGAACCUGAUAGCAUUCCGCAGACACUCUUCGAAACAGACUCGCCCGCAUCUCUGCCCGCAUCGCUCAGCUUCUGCUCGGAUCCAUUUCGAACUUUCAUGACUCCUGAGCAGAGACAGCAAGCCUUCAACGACGCAACCAUUCUAGUAUCCAAGGCUUUUCCUCGUCGCGACUCAAAUGUGGUGCAACUGUAUCUCAUGUGGGAUCGUUGUGCCAUGUACUUGCAAUAUUUGAUCAGCCUGAAAGACUGCUUCCGCGAGGAGAAGGAGUCCAACCCAAACUUCGCUGCGUUGCAAACCUACUGCGACCUUAACAACGCAUAUCAGAGGUAUCUGUUGGAACUCAACUCCUACGAGGAACUGGCGGAUCUCAUCGAGAUCAACACAAUGGCUCUGAGCACAUUGCCUGAACAACAGCAGACCAUCGGCCUUCAAGGCUCUUUGACCUCCCACAGGGGGCCAGUUGCUCAUCCGCCUCGGUUUGGGGAAAUGUUAGUCCGAGUUGAGGUAAAGGAUAGAAUUCCCCUGAUUCGAAGCGACCACGCAAAACGAGACACGGAAACGGGAGAGGGCAGGGAGGCCAGCAGGCCCAGGACAGGGAAGAUGCGCAUGGCCGGGCAGGUCCCCUCCGCCCAUCGCUCCCGCUAG